CAGAUUGUGUCAGCUGAGUGAAUAACAUUGAAAUUUAUUUCUAUGUAUGUUCCUUGAAAAAUUUAUACAUAGUCAUGAUUGGUGGACUAACUUAAAAAGGCUAUAAAACUCUCUCCACACACAACAAUUAAUACCAGUCAAAAAGAGCUCUCUAAUUGAAAAUGUUAGGUACUAAGUAGUAGAGCUUUACACAUAUUGAGAUGUGGAUUACUAGUGUUGUAUUUGGGGUAGUGGGGUUGAUGGUGAUAUGGCUUGGCUAUUGGAUUAGGCAAUGGAGGAAUCCCAAGUGCAAUGGGAUUCUUCCACCAGGCUCAAUGGGAUUCCCUCUCAUUGGAGAAACUCUCCCUCUCAUUAUUCCCAGUUACUCUCUUGACAUUCAUCCCUUCAUCAAAACAAGAAUUCAAAGAUAUGGAACUAUAUUCCGAACAAGCAUAGCAGGUCGACCAGUUAUAAUAUCAGCUGAUCCUGAAUUCAAUAAUUUCCUUUUCCAGCAAGAAGGGAGGCUAGUUGAGAUUUGGUAUUUGGACACCUUUUCAAAGAUAUUUGCUCAAGAAGGCGAAUCUCGAACCAGCGCAGUUGGUGCUGUACACAAGUACGUGCGAAGCUUAUUUCUCAAUCACUUUGGUGUUCAUAGCCUAAAGGAAAAACUUAUACCUCAGCUUGAACAAGUGGUCAACAAGUCUCUCACUUCAUGGUCAACUCAACAUUCUGUUGACAUUAAACGAGUUGCUUCAGCUAUGUUUUUAGACUUUAGUGCCAAGCAAAUUUUAAGUUAUGAUGCUGAAACUUCACCAUUAAGAUUGAGCGAGGCAUAUAGUAGAAUCUUAAAUGGUUUCAUGUCUUUUCCUGUGAACAUACCUGGCACAGCAUACCAUCAAUGUCUAAAGGACCAAAAAAAGGUAGUAUCCAUGUUGAGGGAUAUGCUAAAGGAAAGACAGAACUCGCCCGAGUUGGAUCGGGGUGAUUUGUUGGAUCAGAUUUAUAAGGACAUGGAAAAAGAGAAGUUCUUAUCUGAAGAUUUCAUUGUUUUGCUGAUUUUUGGGGGCCUUUUUGCUACAUUUGAGUCAGUUACGGCUGUGAUGACAUUAGCUUUGUCAAUACUUUCGGAGCAUUCUUCUGUAUUAGAGGAGAUGAUAACUGAGCAGGAAGCAAUCCUCAAAAACAGAGAAAAUCCAAACUCUUCACUCACAUGGGAUGAAUACAAAUCAAUGCCUUUUACUCUUCAUGUUAUCAAUGAAAGUCUUAGGCUGGGAAAUGUUGCACCAGGAUUAUUACGUAGAGCAAUCAAAGAUAUCCCAGUAAAAGGAUUUACUAUUCCAGCUGGGUGGACCAUUAUGCUGGUCACCUCUGCUCAGCAGUUGAGUCCCAACACAUUCCAAAAUCCACUUGAGUUUAAUCCAUGGCGUUGGAAGGAACUCGAUUCCGAAAUUAUAUCUAAGAAUUUCAUGCCUUUUGGAGGAGGAACGAGACAAUGUGCAGGAGCAGAGUAUAGUAGGGUGUUCAUGGCAACUUUUUUUCAUGUCUUGCUCACUAAAUUUAGGUGCAAUUUUUUCCCUUUGGUGGACAAAAAUUAAAGGAGGAAGUAUAUAUCGAAAUCCCAUUUUAGGAUUUGGAAAAGGCGUUCACAUUAAAUUCUCUAAGAAGUAAAGCAAAGAUACACCAAUUUUGGACUUCUUUUCUCAGCACUAGUUAGCAUGUAGGACGUCCGUGUGUAUGGAGAUAGGAGGGUCUCUAAAAUUACAUUUGAAAUAAUUAAAAUAUAAAUAAACAUUUUUCUUAAUACGUCCUUGUUUAUUUUAGUGAAUUGAUGUUACUGUUAAACUCUUAGGGUGUGUUUAGAAAGCCACAAUGUAAUUGGAUUUGUGUGUAAUGGGAGGUAAUUACACAAUUUGACA